AUGAUGAUGAUGAUGAUGAUGAUGAUGAUGAUGAUGAUGAUGAUGAUGAUGAUGAUGAUGAUGAUGAUGAUGAUGAUGAUGAUGAUGAUGAUGAUGAUGAUGAUGAUGAUGAUGAUGAUGAUGAUGAUGAUGAUGAUGAUGAUGAUGAUGAUGAUGAUGAUGAUGAUGAUGAUGAUGAUGAUGAUGAUGAUGAUGAUGAUGAUGAUGAUGAUGAUGAUGAUGAUGAUGAUGAUGAUGAUGAUGAUGAUGAUGAUGAUGAUGAUGAUGAUGAUGAUGAUGAUGAUGAUGAUGAUGAUGAUGAUGAUGAUGAUGAUGAUGAUGAUGAUGAUGAUGAUGAUGAUGAUGAUGAUGAUGAUGAUGAUGAUGAUGAUGAUGAUGAUGAUGAUGAUGAUGAUGAUGAUGAUGAUGAUGAUGAUGAUGAUGAUGAUGAUGAUGAUGAUGAUGAUGAUGAUGAUGAUGAUGAUGAUGAUGAUGAUGAUGAUGAUGAUGAUGAUGAUGAUGAUGAUGAUGAUGAUGAUGAUGAUGAUGAUGAUGAUGAUGAUGAUGAUGAUGAUGAUGAUGAUGAUGAUGAUGAUGAUGAUGAUGAUGAUGAUGAUGAUGAUGAUGAUGAUGAUGAUGAUGAUGAUGAUGAUGAUGAUGAUGAUGAUGAUGAUGAUGAUGAUGAUGAUGAUGAUGAUGAUGAUGAUGAUGAUGAUGAUGAUGAUGAUGAUGAUGAUGAUGAUGAUGAUGAUGAUGAUGAUGAUGAUGAUGAUGAUGAUGAUGAUGAUGAUGAUGAUGAUGAUGAUGAUGAUGAUGAUGAUGAUGAUGAUGAUGAUGAUGAUGAUGAUGAUGAUGAUGAUGAUGAUGAUGAUGAUGAUGAUGAUGAUGAUGAUGAUGAUGAUGAUGAUGAUGAUGAUGAUGAUGAUGAUGAUGAUGAUGAUGAUGAUGAUGAUGAUGAUGAUGAUGAUGAUGAUGAUGAUGAUGAUGAUGAUGAUGAUGAUGAUGAUGAUGAUGAUGAUGAUGAUGAUGAUGAUGAUGAUGAUGAUGAUGAUGAUGAUGAUGAUGAUGAUGAUGAUGAUGAUGAUGAUGAUGAUGAUGAUGAUGAUGAUGAUGAUGAUGAUGAUGAUGAUGAUGAUGAUGAUGAUGAUGAUGAUGAUGAUGAUGAUGAUGAUGAUGAUGAUGAUGAUGAUGAUGAUGAUGAUGAUGAUGAUGAUGAUGAUGAUGAUGAUGAUGAUGAUGAUGAUGAUGAUGAUGAUGAUGAUGAUGAUGAUGAUGAUGAUGAUGAUGAUGAUGAUGAUGAUGAUGAUGAUGAUGAUGAUGAUGAUGAUGAUGAUGAUGAUGAUGAUGAUGAUGAUGAUGAUGAUGAUGAUGAUGAUGAUGAUGAUGAUGAUGAUGAUGAUGAUGAUGAUGAUGAUGAUGAUGAUGAUGAUGAUGAUGAUGAUGAUGAUGAUGAUGAUGAUGAUGAUGAUGAUGAUGAUGAUGAUGAUGAUGAUGAUGAUGAUGAUGAUGAUGAUGAUGAUGAUGAUGAUGAUGAUGAUGAUGAUGAUGAUGAUGAUGAUGAUGAUGAUGAUGAUGAUGAUGAUGAUGAUGAUGAUGAUGAUGAUGAUGAUGAUGAUGAUGAUGAUGAUGAUGAUGAUGAUGAUGAUGAUGAUGAUGAUGAUGAUGAUGAUGAUGAUGAUGAUGAUGAUGAUGAUGAUGAUGAUGAUGAUGAUGAUGAUGAUGAUGAUGAUGAUGAUGAUGAUGAUGAUGAUGAUGAUGAUGAUGAUGAUAAAUACUUCUGAAUAA